CCCAGCGGCCUCUCCGGGGCCUACCUUGAUCGCCCUCCCACUCACGGCCCACACCUCCCCAGUUUCGGUCCUCUGGCGGUCCCAACUUGCCCAGGGUCGCCUCCUUCCAUCGGCCCCGCCCCUCCGCGGCCCCGCCCCUCGCCGGUCCCGCCCCCGCGACCCCGCCCCUCCCCGCGCACGACCUUCUAGGGCUUCCCUGAGUGCAUUGCACUCUACACAUGUUUCUCUGUGCAGUCCGGCCCCAGCAGACCUCGCUCUUCCGCUCUGUGGUCGCCGCCAUGAGCACUGGCACCUUCGUCCUGUUGCAGCCGCUCAACUACCGCGGCGGGGCCCGUGUGGAGCCGGCGGACAGCUGCGGCACGGAGAAGGCGUUCGAGCCGGCCACUGGCAGAGUGAUAGCUACUUUACAGUGUUCAGGAGAAAAGGAAGUAGAUUUGGCUGUUAAAAAUGCAAUGCUUGCUUUUAAAACCUGGAGUAAAAAAUCUGGCAUGGAGCGUUCCCAAGUCCUUUUAGAGGCAGCUCGGAUGAUAAAGGAACAGAAGGAUGCAAUUGCCACCAUGGAGACAAUCAACAAUGGGAAGUCUGUAUUUGAGGCCCGCCAGGAUGUUGACACUUCCUGGCAGUGCCUGGAAUACUAUGCAGGCCUGGCUGCAUCCAUGGCAGGAGAGCACAUCCAACUCCCAGGAGGAUCCUUUGGCUAUACCAGAAGAGAGCCACUCGGGGUGUGUGUGGGGAUAGGAGCAUGGAACUACCCCUUCCAGAUUGCCUGUUGGAAGUCUGCUCCUGCUUUGGCCUGUGGUAAUGCCAUGAUCUUUAAGCCCUCUCCCUUCACGCCUGUGUCUGCUUUGCUCCUGGCUGAGAUCUACACCAAAGCUGGGGUGCCUCCUGGGCUCUUCAACGUGGUGCAAGGGGGAGCUGCCACAGGCCAGUUUCUGUGUCAGCAUCCUGAUGUGGCCAAAGUCUCCUUCACUGGAAGCGUGCCCACUGGCACGAAGAUUAUGGAGAUGUCAGCUAAAGGAAUCAAACCCGUCACGUUGGAACUUGGAGGCAAAUCUCCUCUUAUCAUCUUCUCAGACUGUAACCUGGAGAACGCUGUGAAGGGGGCAUUGGUGGCCAACUUCCUCUCACAAGGCCAGGUUUGCUGUAAUGGCACUAGAGUGUUUGUGCAAAAAGAGAUUGUUGAUAAAUUUACAAAAGAAGUUGUGGAGCAGACUGAAAAGAUAAAAAUUGGAGACCCCCUUCUGGAAGAUACAAGGAUGGGCCCACUCAUCAAUGGGCCACAUCUGGAACGAGUCCUUGGGUUUAUAAAGUCAGCAAAGGAGCAGGGCGCUACCGUGCUCUAUGGUGGAGAGCUGUAUGUACCAACAGAUCCUAAAUUAAAACAUGGAUAUUACAUGAUGCCUUGCAUUUUAACUAAUUGCAGAGAUGACAUGACCUGUGUGAGAGAAGAGAUCUUUGGACCAGUUAUGUCUAUUUUACCAUUUGAAAAUGAAGCCGAGGUUCUGGAGCGGGCCAAUAAUACCACUUACGGACUGGCGGCUGGCGUCUUUACCAGGGAUCUCCAGCGGGCUCACAGGGUGGCGGCUCAGCUUCAGGCGGGGACGUGCUACAUUAACAACUACAACGUCAGUCCAGUGGAGUUGCCCUUUGGUGGAUAUAAGAAGUCAGGAUUUGGCAGAGAGAACGGCCGCGUGACAAUUGAAUACUAUUCACAGCUGAAGACGGUGUAUGUGGAGAUGGGUGAUGUGGAGUCACCUUUUGAAAACCAGUGAAUCCUGUUCACGUGGCCAGGCUGUGGAGUGAGCUGGCUGUCUUGACAGCUGUAUAACUGAAUAGCUUCUUCCAUUCAGGCUUUGGGUCAUUCAGGAUGAGAGAAUGGGUCAGUAUUGCCCUCUAUCUUGCAGUCAUCCUUGCCAAUUGCAAAUGUGCACAAGUGCCUUUCAGACCCUAACCAGGGAAUUUGUUCUUCCCACAAGUCCCUAUGAGGUCUGUGAACCCCAGUAACACACCACUCAAAACAGGUAGGCCACAGCUCUGUUUGUACAUGUCUGUCCCACCAACAAUGGCAACUUUCUAGUUUGCUCUAAAGAUGCCUUUCUUCUUGGGUUGCUAAUGAAAGUUUUUUAUUUUGAGACAGAAAAGUCUUAAUACUUGUAGAAAAAGUGAUUCAUUGGCAUUUAAAAAGCUUUUUUUUUGUUUGUUUUUGGUUAGCUCAGUUGGUAAGCCUGAUGACCUUAGUUCUAUCCCCAGGCACCACAUAAAGGUGGUGUGCCCGCCCCUGUGUCAUACACAUGCAUAAUAAAUCCUUCACAAAAGCUGA